CCUCCUUCUCAGCCCCGUCAAGACAGCUGAAGGAACGGCAUCCUAUUGCGCGCACGCCUUCAAUCAUGGCGGACGAAAUUGUCAUCGACAAGCAGGCCUUCCAGGAGCGUCUGAGCAGCCUCGUCACCAAGUGGAAAGCCGACAAGCGCUCUGGCGACCAGAUAUUUCAGGGCGCAAGCUCUCUCGCCACCGUUGUGGGCAAAGCGAGCGAGCCAGGCAGCUACCUGAAGCCCGCAGCAUUCCAGCUAUGGCUGCUAGGCUACGAAUUCCCUGCGACCCUAUUCAUCCUUACACCCGACGUACUCCAGAUUGUCACCACUAAGAAGAAGGCCUCAUACCUAGAGCCUCUGAAGGGUGGCAAGGUCCCUGUCGAGAUUCUCGUGCGCGGCAAGGAUGUCGAAGAAAAUAAGAAGCAGUUCCAGACAUGCUUGGAUACGCUCAAGAAAGCGGGCAAGAAGGUCGCUGUGCUUAAGAAGGACAGCGCCACCGGAGCCUUCGCAGACGAGUGGAGGGCCGCCUUCCAGGAUGCAGGCUUCAGCGAGGAAGACCAGGUCGACCUGGCGCCUAUUCUAUCGAAUGCCGCAUUGUCCGUCAAGGACGAAAAAGAGCUUCGAACCAUCCGGGAUGCUGCGCGCGCUUCGAGUGCCCUCAUGACCAACUACUUCGUCGAGGAAAUGUCGGAUAUCCUCGAUUCCGAGAAGAAGAUCUCCCACCGAGCCCUCGCCGACAAGGUCGCCAACAAGAUCGACGACACCAAGUUCUUCGAAAAGCAGAAGGUGUCCAAGACAUUCGAUUCCCUGCAGCUGGACUGGUGUCUGCAACCGACAGUGCAGAGUGGCGGCACAUACGAUCUCAAGUUCGCAUCAGAGCCGGACGACAACAACCUGCACGCAGGUGUCAUUAUCUCAAUCCUUGGUCUCCGCUACCAGACAUACGGCGCCAUGGUGGGUCGGACUUACAUGGUUGGACCGAACAAGGAGCAGGAGACUGCGUACAAGCUUCUCUUGGCGAUACACGACUUGGUCAUCAAGUCGAUCAAAGACGGCGUUGUGGCCAAAGAUGUCUAUAACAAGGCGCUGGCGCACCUGAAGUCAAAGAAACCCGAGUGGGAGAAGCAUUUCCCCAAGAACGUCGGAUACGGAAUUGGCACCGAGAACAAGGAUGCCGCGCUUCUUCUGAGCGGUAAGAACGUCCGUGUCCUCAAGGAUGGCAUGACCUUGGUCGUUCAGACCGGCCUACAAGAUCUGGAGAACAGCAAGCCGCAAGACAAGAAGAGCAAAUCUUACUCGCUUGUGCUUGUGGACACGGUCCGCGUUGGACAAGGAGACUGCGCCGUCUUCACCAAGGAUACCACCUCUGAUUUAGACGCCGUUUCGUUCUUCUUCGAUGAGGAGGAAGAGGCUAAGCCCAAGGUGAAGAAGGAGCGAGCUCCCGCUAUUGCUCAGACAAACAUCACCAAGACGCGAACGCGACACGAGCGAACUACCAAUCAGGAUGCAGAAAAGGAAGAGCAGCGGCGACAGCAUCAAAGAGAGCUACACUCCAAAAAGCAGGCUCAAGGCCUGGAACAAUACAGCGAAGGCGCAAAGUCUCUCAAUGGUACCGAGGAGAAGAAGUUCAAGAAGUUCGAGUCGUACAAACGUGACAACCAAUUUCCUGCUUCUGUCGCUACCCUGGAGAUUGUUGUCGACAAGAAGAAUCUCACAGUGCUCCUCCCAAUCAUGGGUCGGCCUGUACCGUUCCAUAUUCAUACUAUCAAGAACGCAUCGCACACUCCCGAGGCCGACUUCACAUCGCUACGUAUCAACUUUCUUUCGCCAGGUCAAGGUGUUGGCCGCAAGGAUGAUCAGCCCUUUGAAGAUCCUAAUGCACACUUUAUCCGCAGUCUGACGUUCAAAUCUCACGACGUGAAUCGCAUUGACCAAAUCACCAAGGACAUCACCGAGCUCAAGAAGGAUGUAGUUAGGCGAGAGACUGAAAAGAAGCAGAUGGAGGACGUCGUGGAGCAGGAUAAACUCAUUCCUCUUAAAACCCGGAAACCACACAUGCUUGACCUCAUCUUCAUUCGGCCUGCACUCGAUGGCAAGCGUAUCCCAGGAAGCGUCGAGAUUCAUCAAAACGGUCUGCGCUAUGUUCAUGGCAACGGCACAGCUAAGAUCGAUGUCCUGUUCAGUAACAUGAAGCACCUUUUCUUCCAGCCCUCGCAGCACGAGCUGAUCGUCAUCAUCCACGUCCAUCUGAAGAACCCUAUCAUGCUUGGCAAAAAGAAGACCAAGGAUGUGCAGUUUGUCCGCGAAGCCACUGAGAUGCAAUUUGACGAGACGGGCAACCGCAAGCGCCGACACAAGUUUGGUGAUGAAGAGGAGUUUGAGCAAGAGCAAGAAGAGCGUAGGCGGCGUGCAGCUCUCGACAAGGAGUUCAAGAACUUCGCCGAAAAGAUUGCCGAUGCAGCGCGGAACGAGAACGUCAGCGUCGAUAUCCCCUACCGGGAGCUUGGCUUCAACGGUGUGCCCUCACGGUCUUCGGUUCUUGUACAACCGACUACAGACUGCCUCGUCCAGCUCACCGAGCCACCGUUCACCUGCCUUACCCUCUCAGAGAUCGAGAUUGUACAUCUCGAACGUGUGCAGUUCGGUCUACGAAAUUUCGACAUGGUCGUUGUAUUCAAGGACUAUAACCGCCCACCCGUGCACAUCAACACCAUCCCCGUCGAGUCUCUCGAUCCCGUCAAAGACUGGUUGGACUCGGUCGACAUUCCCUUCACCGAAGGUCCGCUCAACCUCAAUUGGGCUACAAUCAUGAAGACCGUUACUUCUGAUCCACAUCAGUUCUUCGCUGAUGGUGGUUGGUCAUUCCUCUCGACCGAAACCGACGACGAGGAUGAUGGCGAAGAGGAAGAAGAGUCUGCGUUUGAGGUCUCGGAAUCGGAGCUAGCAGUCUCGGACGAGUCAAGCGCGGAGAGCGACUUUGAUGAGAACGCAAGUGAGGAGAUGAGCGAUGAGGGGUCUGAGGAUGAGUUUUCAGAGGGCGAGAGCUGGGAUGAGCUGGACAAGAAAGCUGCGCGGAAGGAUAAGGAGGGCACGCUGAAUGAAGACGACGAGGAUAAGGGCAAGAAGCGGAAGCGAUAAGCGCGUCUUGGCGCAUUUGGUAUGCCAGACAAAUUAUCGCGGCAGCAGUUCUCGGAUAUCCUGCCAUUUCCUUCUCUACUUCUUGUAAGAUUGUACGCCACUUGGGCCGAGUAAUGCGGUAGCGUAUGGGACGUGAUACCGAUUGGAGCGAGCGUCUGGCGUUCUACGAAACUUGGAAUAAGCAAUCAGUGUAUUCUAUUCAAAUGACUCGUCUGUAAUAUGAUAUCUCGGAGUACAGACCUUGCAAGACGCCUAAACACAUGUAACGCUAAGCU